CUAGUGUCCCGACCCUCCCUGUCACUGCACCCCAGCCAGGGGGUGUCCCUGGGGGAAAAUGUCACCCUGCGCUGCCACCUGCCCCAGCUGGCUGCCCGGGUCCGGCUGUACAAGGAAGGACGUUGGAUACACAGCAAUUACAAGUACAAGGAGCAGGACACUGCAGAGUUCUCCUUCUUGAACACAAAUCGGGAGCACGCAGGUAGAUAUUUUUGUCAGUACCAGGUGUCUUGGUCAGCAGUGGAAUCAGAGAAGAGUGAUCCUGUGGAGCUGGUGCUGACAGAUCGCAGUUUCCCCCCACCCAGCAUUUCCGUGAGCCCUGAGGAAUGUGUGGAGACAGGGACCAAUGUCACCAUCCAGUGCUGGAACAAGGACUAUGGGGCCGCCUUCCUCCUGCACAAGGAUGGGUGCUCAGCCCCCAUCCAACGCCAGGACCUCGCUGUGGUGGGCACAGCCACCUUCACCAUCUUUGGGGUGACCCCAGCUGACAGCGGCACCUACAGGUGCUCCUACCGCCCCUCGGGUCACCCCUUUCUGUCCUCACCCCUUGGGAAUAAUGUGACUCUGGAGGUGACACCCACACCUUCAACCCCAGGUGCUGCAGACAGUUCCCAUGGGAACCUGGUGGUGGCAGUGGUUGGGGGCUGCACAGCUGCCUUUCUCUUCAUCCUCGUCCUUGCCAUCUUCUUCCUCCUUGCUGGCUGCAGACGUCAGAUACAGAGAGAUGAGUGCCCUGCUGCCCCUGCCGAAAAGCAUGAGGACAUGGAGUUCCAGGUGCCUUCCAGUGACAGCGAGGGUCUGACCUACGUGGAGCUGCAAGCUGUGACCCCCAGCUCUCAGCCCCUCAACCCCCCCGCUGACCCCCAGCCCUCUGUUAUCUACGCCGAGAUAGCAGUUGGGAGGCAUCACUGAUGCCUCCAUACGUGUGCACAGACACGUGUGUGUUAUGUGCUCAAAUGUACUGCCAGCGUGCACAGUGCAGGUGUGUUGUGUGUGCUUACCGUCACAUGUGCACUGCAUGCAUGUAUCACUGCAUGUGUUCCUGUGUGUCACACGUGUUCACUGUCACAUGUGCACAACAGUUACACCCAGACGUGUAUUCCUGCUCUGAGCCUUGGCUGACUCCAUUGCGGUAUCUGUCCCUGCUGGCUGGGAGAGGUGUGACUCAGGAGACAGAGAGAGAUUCACCUCCCUCCAAACCCCCUGAGAGGGACGGUGCACAUGUGCUCCCUGUGCCUGCACUCUCCAGGCCCUCCCUGUGUCCGUGUGUCCUUACCAUGUGCCCCACGUCAGCGCCACGUCUGUCCCUACAGCACACACACGUCCCCUUCCCGUGUGCGCAUCUCCAGCUCCACAUCCCAAACCAGCACCCCGCCCACAGUGAAGUUGGGACAGAAUUCCCAUUUCUGGAGCGUUUUAUCCCACUUUCCUGGACGAGAGUUCUGAUUCUGACGUGUUAGAUUCUGCUCCAUGAAAAAGGAUUCCUAUUUCUGGAAGGUUUUACCCUUCCUCUACCUCUGAAGGUCGUCAUUCCUUCUUUUGGGGAUAUUUCUCAAUUCUGGAGAGUUUCAACCAACCUUUGGUGGAAGAUUUACCAUUUCCAAAUAUUUUUACCCUCAUUUCUGGUAGAAUUAUCCUUGUGGAUUGUCCUUUGUGAAAGGUUUUAUCCUGCGUUUUAGAGAGGAUUCCCACUUCUGGAUGGUUUUCUCCUGUUCUCAUGGAGGGAGAUUCCCAUUCUGGAAUAUUUCAUCCUGCCCGAAAAGGGCAGGAUCCUUAUUUCUACGAAGAUCUGUGCUACUUUUUGGGGAGGAUUUCUUCUUCUGCACAGUUUUAUAGUUAUGCUUCUGGAGGGCUUAAUUCUCAAUUCGAAGGCCAAUUCCUGCUUCUGGGGGUUUUUAUCCUGGAUUUGGUGUUAAAAAUACCCAUUCUAGAGUAUUUUUGCCUGCCUUUUGUGGUAGGAUUCCCAUCAGUGGAGUAUUUUGUCCGUCCUUUGGGUGCCAGGAUUCCCAUUGCUGGAAGGUUUUACCUUUCUUUUAUUUCAUUCCAGCAGAAGCAGCUCUUGGGCACAAGGUUUUGCUGACAGUGAUGUUGCAAAUCCUUUGAUAAUUUCACAGCACCCAGCACUGACAUCAGGGCUGAAGGACAGUGACACAGCUGUGAGGUCAGGCCAAACAUGUCUGCUGUUUUGGUUUUAAUUACCACCAAGGUUAUUUAUCUGUCAGGACACAGCUUCACUGAUGCUCACACUGGUCUGCGGGUUUAAGUAGCAGAGUUUGGGUUGGGUUGGCUUAUUUUUGGUGGUGGGGGAAAAUGCAUUUUGGUUCAGAAAAGGACAGAGGAGUUGUGGUGUUGGCCAGGAAAUGGGGGAAAAGAGGAAGUUGGUGUGUGGGAACAGCAGUGAGGGGAAGGGCAGGGGAGCUGACUUCCCCCUUUUGGUAAUGAAAGGGGAAAUGCUGGAGGUUUUGUGAGCUCGAUGGGGUGCUUAAAAGCUGGAUGGAAGAUUUGGGGACCAUGUGGAGAUUUGGGGUGUGCAUGGAGAUUUUGGAGCUGAAGGGAGAUUUUGUGUUUGGGGCCUGGAUGGCUAUUUGGGGAUGCACAAAGUUUUUGUGGUCUGGAUGGAGGCUGUGGAGCUGGAUAGAGAAUUUUGGAG